AUGUCGACCGAACAAGCUGUUGUCUUAGCUGAGAUUGACCGUCUUCAAGGUACCAUCAACCAACGUAAAAAAACCAUCACCGAAGCUCAAAAAGCAUCCAAUCAGCUAGCCCAUAUUCCAAUUAGUCAUCAGUUCCCUUCUACCUCAAGAUCUACAUCUUUUAAACCUCGAGUUCAUGAUCCCUCUCAUGAACCUAGAGUCUCCCUUCAAUCAUCAGGGCCUGCUAUCCCACUAGUGACCAAAACUAGCUGGAAGUUGGUCCCGAGCUCCAACCUAACAUAUAACCCGAGGGCUAGGAGCAUGGGUUCCAAGAAGCUGAUCUUGAACAAACCCACAACAGUCGCAGCUCAAACCAUUCCUCAAUCAAAUCAUUCCAGGGCGAUACCUAUCAAGGUGCCCAGCUCUGCAGUUCUUUCUUCGAGUACUCCAAACGUGUCUCUUUCCACUCUUCCUCAGAGUAGCAGUACUCUGAGCUCUACAACUUCCAAUGUAGACAUUCCUCAACCAGAGAACAAUACUUCUUCCUUCUCCACUCUUCACACCAAAAACGAGCCAAUUUUACCCUCAUCCAAAACCCCGGUAGCGCAGACUACAUCCACCCUUAAAAGCAUGACUCUGUCCGCCUCCUCCAAACCCUUUGUACACAAUUCAUCCAAAUCUUUUGUCUCCUCUUCCAAAUCUUUUAUAUCAAAUUCCACGCAAUCACUUUUGAGUCCUUCUGGUAGCGAGGUAAUUAUCGAUGGGAUCGCUUUUGCCCGAGAUCCUCGUGGUAAAAAACUUGUACGGAGCACCAAUGGCGCUGCGACCCCAAACAAGCCGAAAAUAGACGUACCUUCAACUGUUUCUGCACUUGAUGGUCAAGUUCCUGCUUCUACUAGUACACCACUCAGAGCUUCAAUAGCUGGAACGACAUAUGUUCGAACCAAGUCAGGUAAUCUGAUCGCGUUGAGUGCACUAAAGAAGCACCAGUCGCAAAAGAUUGAAGAAGCCAAAAAGGCAAGAUUAAUGGUGCUGGCAAAUGGACUUUCAGCCAAGUAUGCUACCCAAGCCCCCAGAAGGCAUCCCGCAUGGGAACCUAGAAUUGGCCGAGGUAGAGGUUCGAUGACCAUGAAAAUCGCAAGACCCCCACGGAUGAAGAAAGAAGAACAAUGCCGCUUUUUUGCUAAGACUGGUGCCUGUCGGAAAGGAUUGACAUGUGUCUACCAGCACGAACCUUCGAAUGUAGCCAUCUGUCCUCGCUUUCUUCGUCGUACAUGCGCAAAUCCCGCCUCAGCUUGUCCGCUCUCUCACAAGCCCAAUGCCCACAACAUGGAGCAUUGUAGUCACUUCCCGAGAUGCAACAAGCCCGAUUGUCCAUAUCCACACGUUGAAACGCACACUUCAACAGUCUGUAAAGAUUUUGCAGAGUUAGGAUGGUGCUCGAAAGGAGCUCAGUGUAAAGAUCGACAUGUUCGAGAAUGUCCGGAAUUUACAAAGGAUGGCACCUGUUCUAAUUCAACUUGUCGGUUACCUCAUGUGAUCAAUAGAGGAAAAAAGCUGAGUGAUCCAGCACCAGAAGAAUCGGACUCUGAUGAAGAAGGUUCACAGAGUGGUGCAGAUCUCUUUUUUACAGACGUCAAAGGCAAACGAAAAGCCAAUGAUUUUGAAGAACAGGAUCCUCAUGGCUCUGAAUCGCGUCGUGCAAAAGCACCCAAACGCCAUUCACCUAUACCAAAGUCGGACAAGACGUCACAACACAAACGAUCGAAUUAUGAUCAAGUAGCCAACAAUGAGGAUUUUGUUACGUUUGCGUUGAGUGAUGAAGACGAAGAACAAAGUCAACUAGGAUCAGAAGAUAUAGAUGAGAAUUUAGAAGAAGUAGCUAGUAGUGUAGAUAGUGAAGAGUUAAAAAGUGUGAUGAUGGACGAAGCAUUAGAAGCCGAACUUGAAUCGAUGACAGAUCAUCUUUCAGAAGAAGUUGCGAUCAAUCCUGUUUCUGAUUCGGUUUCGACUUCGCCACGAAAGAUUAGAAGAAGAUCAGAUUUAGAAGAAGGAGAAGAAGUCGAAGAAGGGGAGAUCUUUGAUGAAGAUGAUGAAGAUGAGCCCAUGAUGAGUUCUGAAGACGAAGAUGAAGAUGAAGGGAUCGAACGACAAUUAUUAGGAGAUCGAAAACCAUGGAGAUGA